CCGCCUCCCUUCAAGACGCGCCUCUGACGGGAAAUCGAAAGUGAAAUAGGCAACUUGCAGCCGGCUGGUGAGUACCCUGAAAAGGCUACCCUCAGGAUCUCUGCGUUGCUGCUUACUAAGAACAUUAGCCCUAUGGCCUCAGUAGCGCCCUUGGCAAUGAUGUGGGAGGAGGUUACAUGCCCUAUCUGCCUGGAUCCCAUGGUGGAGCCUAUGAGCAUUGACUGUGGCCACAACUUCUGCCAUGAAUGCAUCUCUGAAGUCGGGAAAGAUGGGGGCGGUGUCUGUCCUGUGUGUAAGCACAACUUCUUGCUCCAAAACCUCCGACCCAACUGGCCACUGGCUAACAUGGUGGACAACCUCAAACAAAUGGCCCAGAGUGCCAAGGAGGACACACAGGGGGACCGGUGUAAGGUGCAUGGAGAGAAACUGCACCUGUUUUGUGAGGAAGAUGGGAAGACCCUUUGCUGGGUGUGUUCCCAGUCCCAGAGACACCGUAACCACCACAUGGUUCCUAUUGAAGAUGCUGCUCGGGAAUACCAGGAGAAGCUUCAAGUGGCAUUAGGGAAACUGAGAAAAGGACAGGAGUUGGCCGAAGAGAUGGAAGUGAAUAUUGCAACAAAGAGAACAGCCUGGAAGAAUCAGGUUGAAACACACAAACUGAGAAUUCAUGCAGAGUUUGUGCAGCAGAAAAACUUCCUGGCUACAGAGGAGCAACGGCAACUGCAGAGGUUAGACAUGGAGGAGAGGAACCAACUGAGAAUCCUGGGGGAGGUGGAGGCCAUGCUGGCCCAGAAGAGCCAAGCCCUGCAGGAGCUGGUGAUGGAGCUGGAGAGGAGGAGCAGGGGUUCAGCUGUGGAGCUGCUGCAGGAGGUGAAAAAUGUCCUGGGAAGGAGUGAGUCUUGGAACCUGAAGGAGCUGGACAUCACCUCCCCAGACCUGAGGAAUGUGUGCCUUGUGCCAGGGUUGAAGAGGAUGCUGAGGACAUGUGGAGUACACAUCACUCUGGAUCCACACACAGCCAAUCCAUGGCUCAUCCUUUCAGAGGAUCGGAGACAAGUAAGGCUCGGAGACAGACAGCAGGAAGUGCCUGAAAAUGAGGACAGAUUUGACCAUUAUCCCAUGGUCCUGGGUGCCCAGUGCUUUGACUCUGGACAGGUUUACUGGGAGGUAGAUGUGACAGGGAAGGAGGCCUGGGACCUGGGUGUUUGUAGAGACUCUGUGCAAAGGAAGGGGCAAUUUUUGCUCAGCCCUGACACGGGCUUCUGGACAAUUUGGCUGUGGAACAAACAAAAAUAUGAGGCUGGCACCUGCAUCCAGACUCCCCUCCACCUUCAGGUCCCUCCACGCCAAGUUGGGAUUUUCCUGGACUAUGAGGCCCGCAUUGUCUCCUUCUAUAACAUCACUGACCACGGCUCCCUCAUCUAUACCUUCUCUGAAUGUGCCUUCGCUGGACCUCUACGGCCCUUCUUCAGUACUGGUUUUAAUGAUGGAGGAAGAAAUGCAGCUCCUCUUGUCCUCUGUCCUCUGGAGAUGGGGUGAUAGGGAUCCACUGACCUGUUGUGGCAUUCUCUGGAUACCAAUACCUCUCCUGUUGGUGCCCUUCUCAGCCACUGACCCUCCUCAUUUCCCCAGGAACUCUGAACCACUUUGUCUCUGCAGAGGGGCCAGGAUACCAGCAAGCAGACUUUGGCAGGGGAGUUCCCUGAAAAUCUACAUCAGCAUUCUUGCACUAGAUUGCUUUCUGAUUCCUUCCAUGAAAUAAACUACUUCUAUUUGGCUCAAACCACCUCAAUCAACCAAAAUUUGUUUCUGCUGUCUUAUGUGACCCAAGUCUUGUUUUCUCCUCUCCAGCUCUAGCCCUUUUGUCAGAUCUCUUAUACACCUUGCAUGGUUUGCAAAAGGGCUUCCUAAAUGCAUUGGGCCUUGACAUAUCCCAUUCGAUCCUUGUUCUUGUAUACAUUUAGGAUUACUGUUGUAACAUACACACAUCAGAUCAUAAAUGGCUCCACAAAACUUAUAGAAAAACAAUCAUCCUUUGAAAAUAAAGGCUGAGUGAUGCAUGCCUUACAUUACCACAUCACAUAUCCAGCUCCUGUGCUCCCCUAUCCCUAUCAUGCACUUCCAACCACAUAUUCUUAAUGGAGUUGGUCAAAAGGUGUAUCAAUCUAAAUGGAAGGUGGGAUAGAUUUUUGAUAUGUCAACUUGGCUAGGCCAUAAGCCCCCAGUUCUUUAAUCAUUAAUCUAAAUUUUGCUGUGAAGGCAUUUUGUAGAUGUUAUUAAAGUCCAUAAUCAUGUGACUUUAAGGAGAUUUUAUUAGGCCUGCCUAACUUAUACAGGACAAUUAAGUAAAAAACCUGAAAAGCAAAGCUUUACUGAAGAUGAUCCAUCUACCCCUAGCAGCUUUAGCUCCUGCCAAAGUUAUAGCCUGCUGUUUCUGAUGCCCUGUCUUGUGGAUUUAGGACCUGCCUUGUCUACCCCCACAAUUGCAUAAGUGAAUUCCUUGCAAUAAAUCCCAUCAUAUUUAUCUCCUACUAGUUUCUGCUUCUUUGAUGAUGAGAGAGUUUUAAAAGCACCAUGAUAAAAGAUAGUUAUGUACAAGGGAACCCCAUAAGCCUCUCAGCAAACUUUUCAGCAGAAACUUUGUAGGCCAAAAGGGAGUGAUAUGAUAGAGUCAAAGUGCUGAAAGGUGAAAAAAAAAAUGCAGCCAAGACUAUCCAGCAAGGCUAUCAUUCAGACUGGAUGAGGUAAAGAGAUUAGCAGACAAACAAAAGCUAAAGGAGUUCAUGAGCACUAAACCAGUUCUACAAGAAAUGUUAAAGGGACUCUGAGUGGAAAGAAAAGACAAGUAAAAGUAGGAAGCAUGCUCUAGCUGCCAUCUUGCGUCCCCACGUGUGUGCACCUAAUCUCAGCUGGUCCGCCCAAGACCCCUCUGAGCACCCUAGUCCCCUGUGCGGUCCCACUUCUGCUCCAACAAAAUGAAAGAAACUCAUGAACCAGGAGAAACUCACCAAACUGCAAGCACAAGUGCACAUUGGUGGGAAAGGAACUGCUCGCGGAAGAAGAAGGUGGUUCAUAGAACGGCUACAGCAGAUGAUAAAAAAAAAAAAAAAAAAAAAAAAACUUCAGUUCUCCUUAAAGAAGUUAGGGGUAAACAAUAUCUCUCAUAUUGAAAAGUGAAUUAUGUUCACAAACCAAGGAACAGUAAUCCACUUUAACAAUCCCAAAGUUCAGGCAUCGCUGGCAUGAACACAGGCCAUGCUGAGACAAAGCAGCUGACAGAAAUGCUACCCAGUAUCUUAAACCAACUUGGUGCAGACAGGUUGACUAGUUUAAGAAGACUGGCUGAAGCUCUGCCCAAAUAAUCUCUGCAUAGAAAAGCACCACUUGCUACUGGAGCAGAUGAUGAUGAUGAAGUUCCAGAUCUUGUGGGGAAUUUUGAUGAAGCUUCCAAGAAUGAAGCAAACUGAAUUGAGUCAACUUCUGAAAAA